UCUUCUGAACAAAACCGACAGUAACCCGGCCUACCGCAUCUCCUCCAGUCGCCUCGCAUCUUCAUCUCCUUUGACUACCACCAGCUCUCACCAUCCCAUUCUAGCCCAGCUCUCACCCUAUCCCUCGCACCGUGACACUACCAUAUCAAAUUAAAGACGAUGUCUUCUUCAGGAGCAAACCUUGAAAGUUAUAAAAUUCCACUGGAGGAGAUAAAACGUGCCACUGAAAACUUCAGUAGGCAACGAUGCAUAGGAGGCGGUGGAUUUGGUGCAGUCUACAAAGGAAAACUCUCACAACGCUCGGAAAACCGCACAGUUGCAAUCAAGCGCCUGGGUAAGGACAGCGACCAAGGAGAGCAUGAGUUCCUGAACGAGCUUGAGAUGAUUUCCAAAUUCCACCACGAAAACAUCAUCUCUUUUAUUGGGUAUUGUGAUGAAGGUGGAGAGAUGAUUAUAGUUUAUGACUAUGCCAUAAAUGGAAGCCUUGAUCAUCAUCUACAAAACCGAUCUAAGAUGGGUUGCAUAUCAUGGACAGAACGCCUCACGAUUUGCAUUGGGGCUGCUAGGGGACUGAAUUACCUUCACUCGGGUCUUGGGGAGCACAACAAAGUAAUACACAGAGACGUCAAGAGUUCUAACAUAUUGUUAGAUGAGAAUUUUGUGGCGAAAAUUUGCGAUUUUGGUUUGUCCAAAUCGGGUCCCAGAAAUCAGCCUGAUACCAAACUCUAUACAAAGGUUGCUGGUACACAGUUUUACAUAGAUCCCACUUACCAUGAAAGCCGCAUACUCCAAAAAGAGUCAGAUGUAUACUCGUUUGGCGUGGUACUCUUUGAAGUCCUGAGUGGGAUGCUGGUUUAUCAUGAAAGGAUCAUUGAAGAUGAGCAACAGUUUCUAAUGAAUUGGGUUCGACGAUACCAUGAGAUGGAACCACGCAUGGUAAUUGAUCCUGAUAUAAUAGAUCAAAUUGACAGUCGUUCUUUUGAUACUUACAAAGAAGUAGCAUACCAGUGCAUAAGCUAUAAUUUAAUUGAGCGCCCGACAAUGGACGUUGUCCUUAGAAGGCUUGAGGAAGCAUUAACUAUGCAAUUGAUUGCCUAG